AUGUCGACCUCUAAUUGCACUGGUCCCAUCGCUGGUAGUGCUGCGAAUGAUAUUUGGCGUCAGCAUGAAGCCCAAAUCAGAAAUCUUUACCAGAACAAAAAGAAAACACUCAAACAGGUAAAGGAGGAGAUGGAGAAGAACGGGUUCCCCGAGAAGCCACCAGGCAAGAAACGACUAAGGAAACCAACAACAAUUCGAUUGGACGGGAGGAAUAUUCCAUUCGAUGAGGCAUGGAAAGAGAUCCGGAGGUCGGGUGCACAUAUACUAUCUCCACGCCAGUUGCCCCAAGGUAACCUUCCGUGUGGGAUAGAGUGCGAGACAUCAACUGGAACGGCUACAUGGGAAUCAUUAAUGCAUUAUUCAGAGGAUCAUCACCACAAGCAGAUCUUUAAAUAUCUGUUGGAAAUCGGCAUCCGGUACGAAUGGACCAACCGUUAUAACUUUGGCGUUCUCGCCUCUGCUCUUCACAUGGAUUGUCCAACCGAUGUCCUUGUGAGCAUUCUUGCUUAUCUUCGUGUAUCCAGUCACAUCUCUUGGAGAGAGAUCCUCCACGCGAUUUCGAAAGCACUUGAGAACAAAUAUGUUGGAAUCGCCAAAUUGCUGGUUCAACGUGUCGAUAUUAACGCGGAAUUGGCCCGUGAUGGGCUGGUUCCGCCUUCACCGCCACGGUCAGUAUUCCUGGCCUUCAUACUGGGGUUUGACAGCACCUACGAUAGCAAUUGGCACAUAUUGGACUUUUUCCUGUCGAAUGGUGCUGAUGUCGACCGGUUUCUGCCCUCAGGGCUAUUUACCCGCGAACCAAGCAGAGACUGGUACAAUCGCAACGAAAUCCAUCAGAUGCGUAAAAUGGACUUGAGGAUCAUACGCAGCCUUAUUGAGUAUGAUGAGAACUCCAGUUCAUUUUCGAUCUUUCUCCCUCACACCCACGACAUAUUGGACGCCGUCUUACGACAACUUCGUGAUCAAAUUACGGACGAUCGUUUGCAGCUCUUGGAUAUUCUGAUGCAGAAAGGCGCUGAUUUAAGGGAAGAUCAUCUCGAAAGUGCAGUAGAAAAGGAUGGAAUCAAGGUCCUGACUUGGCUUCAUCCGAGGGUCAAGAACUUUCCAGCGAAGGCUGCUGGGGCGUUGGCUAAAGCUGCGCUCCUGAACAAUUUCGAGGCGGUGGAAUUUCUUCUUCAAAGCGGAGUGGACCCUAAUUCAUACAUCAGCGCCAGGACCGCGAAAUUGGUGUGCCCCAGGAGAUUCGCUGUAAAACAUAUAACACAGGGUUCCGUUGAGCAGACUUACAGUGUGCAAGCGAUCGCAGCUGGAGUAGGCAGGCUCAACCUACGCAGGAAUUUUGAUUAUUCCAGUUUGAGAAUGUGUCAAGUUCUUGCCGAAAAAGGAGCGAAAUUGGUCGUCGGUCCAAACGACAGUACUCCCUUUGCAUUCACAGGGCUUCUGUUGGAAAAUGGCUGGGGUGAUGCUGAGCUUUUCGCCAAGGUCAAAUUUGCGCUCAGUACCCUAAAACAAAGCAAACAAUGGGAAAGACCUCCAGCAUUUCUGCUAGAGCUCUGCGUCGAGAAUAAGACACAGUUCGGAGGAGAAGAGAUUCAGGAACGGCUGAAGAUAUUUGAAUAUAUUUUGAGUGAGGGGGCUGAUGUGAAUCCUGGAUCCCCUCUCGCAGCCCUCGUCACUACUGGGCCCCCCAAAGAGCUUGUGGAACGGGUUUUGAGUCUGGGAGCUAAGCUGGACAAUUACACUGCCGUUACCUAUCCGGGACCGCGGGUACGCUUUGACACUAAGACUCCUCUCCAGUCCGCAGCACUUCAAGGUAACGAGGACUUGGUCUACUUGUUUCUGGAGGCAGGCGCUGAUAUUAACAGUCCUGCGCGUGGCAAAUAUGGGAAGACAGCCCUUCAAGCGAUUUGCUCCUGGCAUCCUGCCACAGAAAAGGAGCACCGUCGCAAGAUGACAAUAUGUGACAUACUGUUAAAUGGUGGUGCAGACGUCAACGCUGCUCCUGCCAGGCGGAUGGGAUCCACCGCUUUACAACUGGCAGCCACUGGCGGAGAUCUCGAAUUGACGGCGAUGCUGAUCCGACAUGGUGCUCACGUAAACGCACCAGGCAUGUGUGGAGGUAGUGCUCUGGAUGAUGCUGCUCGCGGGGGACGUUUGGAUGUGGUCAAGUUGCUACUUAACGCCAAUGCUUUAAGCGCUCAUCGCAGAUCAACUGGAUACCACGGGUCUAUCAAAAUUGCUGAACGUUAUGGCCAUCACGCUACCGCAUGCUUGAUUCGUGAUCACCUGGCGAAUGCUUUGGGGCCGGAUUCGAGCUUCGUUACAUUCGGCUUCGAGGAAGGUGUAGAGGAUGAUCACACCCAUGAUAGCGACACAGACGGUGGAUCCACUGAGGAUGGAUCCAGUGAUGACGAGUACGGGCGCAGUGAGCAUGAAUUGUCGACUGACGAAUAUUGGAAAUCAAUGGACGAAGAAUCCUCUGAAUGUGAUGCAGGAGAGGACUCAGAUGACUCAGUGAGCCAGGCAGACAGUCUGAUGCGCCUCGCCCCAGCAGAUGGGCCAGCAGAUGGGCCAGCAGACGCGCAGGUAGUUCCCGACUUGCAAGCUGUGGAAAACAUCUUUACGGACGACUUUAUGGGCUACUUGGGAACCGAGGUUGAUUUGAAUGCGGAAUAUGAGCCCAUGCCGGAUUCUUCCAUGGGACCGCUGACUGAGAUAUUGGGUACACAGUCAUUCCCUGGCUGGCAAAUUGUUGCGAAUACUUCUAUGAAUGAUCGGGUUGGUUACUCAGAUAUGGGCUUCGUUUUGCCGGAGGAGGAUAUGCAAACGCAGUGGGAAAAUGAGUCCACAUUUCAGAAUCCCUUUGAAACCUUGGUUAGGAUGCCAGACGAUAGCGCGCUGUGGCAGCAAGUCUUUGAGAUGCAGGACCAGGAACUGGGGAUCGCAACACCUGACGCAGGUCUUCAAAUGUCUACUUCAGAUAACUCGGGUAGGCCAGACGUCGAAGGCCAGGAUGCUGCAGAGCAGAGCUGUAAACCAGAAGUGCAUGGGGAUUGA